AUGAUCACGAGAUUAGCUUUGACAGCUGUCAUAUUUGUAGUGGAUAGCGUUAAUUUCCCAAGAGAAAUCAAAGAUGUAGCAGAGCAGAUGUACGAUAUUCUUAUUAGCAAGACCAUAACACAAGCUGCUGUGCCUAUACUGGUAGCAUGCAAUAAACARGACAUGACUACUGCAAAGUCCGCAAGAGUUAUCAAAACGCAAUUGGAGAAAGAAAUCAAUACYCAGCGUAUCACUCGCUCCGCUGCACUCCAAGGUACCGAUGGCUCGUCUUCCGAUGUUUUUGUUGGUAAGAAAGGGAAAGAUUUCGAGUUUAGUCAUGUCAACCCUGUCAAAGUGGAAUUCGUUGAAUGUAGCUGUAAAGGAGAAAGCGAGGACAGACCAGAUGUCAAAGCUGUGUUAGAUUGGCUGGAACGGAUCGACUGAGUUCUGUUCGAUAUGAUAUAAUACACGCAYCAGUACUUUCGGAGAACAAUGCGUCCGCCAUCUUGAAAAGUGAGACCGGAAUCACUAUGUUGUGCCUUAGAACAGAUUUCGUAGUUUCGUAGUCAACUAAUCCAUCAUUAUAUCGUAUUAUAUUAACUUGACAUUAGCUGAGAACCUUUUAUAAUUCUUUUAGGAGUUAUAAUUUAGUGAUUCGAGUCCCACUUUUCAAGAUGGCGGACGCAUUGUUCUCCGAAAGUACUGAUGUAUUUAUGGCUUGAAUGGGUAAACUAACCGGUACUUUAGGAGAAAGCCGAACUAUUAUCUUGGCUUUUARUUCGAAAUACAAUGGAGGGACCGACUAAGUUUUACUAGAAAGCCAGAUUGACUGAGUGCAAGCACCGUGAAAAAUUAAAUGAUGUAAUUUUGUCCUGUUGUAUGCUAAUUUGGAAAUUAUGAAUGUGAUCCUAUCAUCUCGUUGUUACUAAGUACUCGGGCCCAGGCCCUAGGCCGGGGCACGAGGUAUAAAAUGCAGCGCGUAUAGUUUUUUUUUCGGGGUAUCCCAAUCUCUAUACGAAAUAUCACAUUACGAACUGCUGUAAGCAAUCGUAUCAUAGUACAGUUACUUCACAGGAGUUUUUGUAGCUAGGCCAUUGUUAUUCCAAAACAUUCAUCUGUGCAAGAGCAUGUAUAAGGACAUUGRUUUAGGUCAUAAAGGUUGGUGUAUCGAGACAAAUAGUGCAUUUUCCUUGGCGAGAUAUAAACCGAUACUUCGUAGCUGAGUGAAGCCUCAACUUGGCUGUCUGAUUUUGACUUGCAUAGCCUAGUAAAUUUUCCAAUUUGAUAAGGGAUUCUGUCUAUUCUGGAUUAAAGAAAACAAUGCUAUUCACGAAGGAGUAUUCCUAGAUGAAGAUUGAAGCGAUCAUGGUUUUAUAGAACGGGAUAACCUUCUUGUUGAGAUCGCUGCCACGGUGUCAACUACACCGACAAUUUGCGAACUGUCUGAUUUUGAUACUGAGGUAUACUUGACCUUUAAAUUACUACAACUAGAAUUAGUCCAUCCAUAUUUUACUUUGUUUUACAGUGCAAUUAUAAAUAACCAAAGACUA